UUAUUUAAUAUCAACUCAAAGUUAAGUACACACGUUCUCUGAUCCCAAAAAAACACACUUUUUGCUUUAGAUUUAGCAAUGGAAAAUGUGCGGCCUUCCCUCUUCCUUGAGGAGGAAGAAAAGAAGGAGAAGAAGGUAGAAAGGGCGUUUUCCACUCGCUAUACUACGACCAUGGGGAUCGCAUUCGGGAGACAGACUACCAAAUUCGACAUUCCGAUCCACGACAAAAGAGCCCUGUUGGACCGCAAUGUAAGACGCCACAGUGACGACAAGAAGUAUGUGGGGGAGUUUGAUGACACGGACGACGCACGGUUCUUUACCUACAAGCCAUUGUAUGACGAUCGAGAUGUCCUUCCCAGAGACCCCAGCUUUGCUAAAUUUAAAGUGCCCACUGAAGUCAGCUGUAAGGAACGUUUGAAAAAAGAUACCAUCAGGUAUAACCGUCAGCUGAAUAGUGAAGUCUCAAAACUAAUCGAUUACCAAAGCAACGCUUUGGAGGCGGUAUAUUUUGUCAGGGUAAUGUCAUACACAACUCUGUGGCCACCUUAUCACAGUAAUCUGGAAAUAGCCGAAACAAGUCGCAAUUUUUAUAAGCUGUCGAAAAGAGAAAAGACCCGCUAUGACUUCAUAAUGUCACAUGAUUUUACCUAAUAACCGCAUUUAUCAUACUUGAUAGAAUAUAUUUAUACGAGAACAUCAUCUAUAAUUUUGUAUUCUAUCAAGUAUGAUGAUGUGGAUAAAUUCUCUCGAAACUAUACCAAUAUAUUUAUUUUAAAAGUCUAA